AUGUCGGCUAUGGAUCAAUUCGCCAUCCUCGCUCCUCCUGUGCUGCUAGCCAUUACUCUGAUAUGCCUGCAGGAAGCAUGGAGGUUGCGCAAAGUGCCCAAGGGCUACAGACGAUUGGGCCUGCGUGGCGCAUCGAAUAUGACGGACGAAUACGACGACAAAUACACCCAGCCACCCGGUACUCGAGGUGACACGGCAUGGAAGGUUAAGGCUCUUUUCGUGCAUCCCAUCAAAUCCUGUGCUCCUGUGGAACUGGACGUGGCCGACGUUGACAGGGCAGGCUUUCUGUGGGACAGAAAGUUCGCAUUCGCCGAAUUACUGAAGCCACAAACGCGACAGGACGCUCCUGAAGAGGAGAAGAAACCAAGAUGGACGUUCAGGACACAGCGCCAGCCUGGCUACGAAAAACUCGUCCACGUCAAGCCAGAGAUCUGGCUGCCAGACGCAGCCCAUGCCAAGUCGUCUCCAGCGGACAAAGGAUUCAUGAUAGUGAAAUAUCCCUACGUUCCGUCAGGACCUCUUUCUGACCUUGUGAGGCUUCUGAUUUGGAUAGGACUCAUGGACCCGGAGAAAUCUUUUCGGGUGCCCCUGAUCCCUCCAGAGGAUCACAACUAUCCCAUCGAGCAGGUCACCAUCUGGCGGGAUGCUCCCAGUUGGCUUAAUCUUGGAGUUCAUGUCCCCGAUGACUUUCGCACCUAUCUGGGUGUCACCAAUCCCCUGACACUAUUCAGAGUCGACCCCCAAAGCUAUCGAGAAGUCUACCGGUGUGCUCCAAGGAAAGAUGAGCUGGGCUAUCAAGCGGUGGUAGGGUUUGCCGAUGCCUAUCCGGUACACCUCUUGAAUAUUGCCUCCGUUCGUGACGUCGCGGGCAGAGUCCAAAAGGACAUUCCCCGUUUCUCGGCAAGGAGGUUUCGAGCCAACAUUGUGGUUUCUGGGCCGAGUGCUUACGAUGAAGAUGACUGGAAGAAGAUCAAGAUAGGGCAUCGUGUCUUUGUUUGCGCGUGUCACACUGUACGAUGCCGACUUCCCAAUGUCGAUCCUGAUACCGCGGAACGCCAUCCAGCUGAACCAGACAAGACCCUGAAGUCCUUCCGGUGUAUUGAUGAUGGCGACCCUCACAACGCCUGUUUAGGACUACAACUAGUACCCGCGCAAUCUGACAUUUUCCAAGUCCAUACUGGGGAUGAGAUUCAAGUUCUUGAAAGGGGAGAACACCAUUACAUCAAACAAUGA